AUGGGACCCUAUAAAGCCCCAGGCCCUGAUGGUUAUAGCCCCUAUUUCUAUCAAUCCCACUGGUAUAUGGUGGGUAAGGAGGUUUGUCAUGCUGUCCUUUCCUUCCUCAAGUCUCCUUCAAAUAUUGCCACCAUAAACGACACUUUUCUGGUGUUAAUUCCUAAAUCUAGUAACCCUAAAAGUGUUUCUGAAUAUAGACCUAUAAGUCUAUGUAAUGUUAUCUAUAAGAUUAUCACCAAGAUGCUUACUAACAGACUGAAACCUAUUAUGUCUUUUCUCAUUUCACCAAACCAAUGUGCCUUUGUACCUAGAAGACAAAUUUCUGAUAACAUAUUGGCUGCCUAUGAAACUCUCCAUACCAUGACCACACAACUCUCUAGGCAUCAAGGCUUUAUGGUUCUAAAGUUGGAUAUGAGUAAAGCCUAUGAUAGGGUGGAGUGGAUGUUUAUUCAAGCUGUUUUAUUGAAACUGGGGUUUAAUGCUCAAUGGGUUGCCUUAAUCAUGGCAUUUAUUUCUUCCUCAUCUUUUUCAGUUUUAGUAAAUGGUGUUCCUCACCAUUCCUUUAGACCUGGUAGAGGCCUUAGGCAAGGCUACCCCCUUUCCCCUUACCUAUUUAUCCUUUGUGCCGAGGCCUUAAACUCUCAAUUGCUUGCUGCUGAACAUCAUAGGAAUACUAAGGCUGCAAUAAAGAGGUACCUUAUGGAGGUGGCAGGUCUUCAUGCUUCUACUAAUCUGGACAAAUAUUUGGGGCUCCCCUCUGUUGUUAGCAUGUCUAAAAUGAGGGCUUUUCAUGGCAUAGUUGACAAGGUGAUCAAACGGUUGGAUAAUUGGAGGAAUAAGUUUCUGUCUAAAGCUGGGAAGGAAAUACUUAUCAAAGUUGUUCUGCAAGCUUUACCUAACUACAGUAUGAGUGUAUAUUUACUUCCAAAGGCCCUAUGUUCUAGAUUGCAUUCAUGCUUUGCCAAGUUCUGGUGGGGACAUCAAGACAACCGCACUAAGAUACAUUGGAAAAGCUGGGAUUUCUUAAGUUCAGGCAAAGCUGUUGGAGGGUUGGGUUUUCAGGAUCUUCAUAGUUUUAACUUAGCCUUAUUGGCCAAGCAGGCUGGCCUUGGUUCAAGACCCUCUUACCUUUGGAGAAGCAUGUUUCAAUCUAUUCCUCUAGUUGAGGAAGGCCUCAUGUGGCAAGUGGGGGAUGGUACCAAGAUUAGAAUAUGGAAAGAUAAGUGGCUGCUAAGAAAUUCUUCCAACAGGAUUCAAUCACCUGUGGUUGUUCUUCAUGAGGAUGCUGUUGUAGCUGAGUUGAUUGAUGUCCACACAAGAUGGUGGAAUAUGGAUCUUCUUCGAACAAUGUUUCAAGAGGAUGAUGUCCAAGAGAUUCUCAAGUUACCUCUGUGUUUCCUGCCACACCCUGACACACUGAUGUGGAAAGGAACUGUCAAUGGGCUUUUUUCAGUUCGAAGUGCUUAUCAUUUGCAUAAGCAAUCCCUCUCCAGAGCUUCUGGUGAAUCUUCUCUAACUGGGACUAGAAUUUCUGUUUGGAAGAGACUAUGGUCUUUACCAACUACUAAUGCAGUGAAACAGUUUGUGUGGAGUGCUUGCACAGAUUCACUGCCUACUCGAGCUAAUUUACAUAGGAGGAAGGAGAUUGUACUGUUUGUCACCUUAGCUCGUCUCAUCUGGUUUAGGAGAAAUGCUUGGCUUCAUGAUGGUCCAUUUCAAGAUCCCAAGGUGCUCUAUAAAACUGCCAUUCAAGCUGUUGAUGAUUACACUACAGCCUCUUCCACUCCUGCAAGUUUGGUUUCUCAUCCUGUUGGUGUUGCUUCUCAUUGGCAACCACAUUCAUCAGCUUGGGUGAAAGUCAAUUGGGAUGUUGCUGUCAGGUCUGCAUCUUAUAAGCUUGGUGUGGGUGUGGUGAUCUGUGAUUCAAAUGGGUCUGUGUUGGCAAGUCUGAUGCAACCCUUGGCAUAUUGCACUAAUCCUGUUUUGGCAGAAGCUCGAGGUCUAAUUUUUGAAGUGCUAUUUUGCCAGGAAUUGGGCCUUGAUUAUAUUAUCUUUGAGGGGGACAGUAGCCAAGUUGUUCAUGCUGUUUUGCGAAAGGCAACUCCUGUUGGGCAAUUGCAGGGCCUGGUGUCUGAUGUUUGCAGUCUUUUGAGCCAUAUGCAGCGGAAGAUUUCACAUGUUAAGAGAAAGUUGAAUGAGGUUGCUCAUUGCUUGGCCCAAUCUACAGCUAAUCUAGAUAUGGAAAUAAUCGAUAUAGAUUGUAUUGCUGAUUGCAUCUAUUCUCUUGUACUGGCUGAGUGCCAUGUUUAA